AUUUAAAAUAAAAAAAAAAGGGAAGGGGGAGAAUGAGAAAACGUAAUAUAUGAAAGAAGGGGAGGAAGGGAAAACAAAAACAACAAAAACACAUAAAAACAAAAACAAAAGGGAGUGGUUGCGUAUAAAGGGGGUGUAGAGAGGCAAUAUAGACAUAGUGACGCAAAUGAGGAGUAAAGUUGUAUUAUUAUGUCUACGCGAAAAUCUAUUACAAAAGGUAGUGGAGAAAUAGUAAGAGCCAAUCCAAAUCAGUUUACAUUUAAUAAUGACGAUCAGUUUCAAUAUACAAUACAAGAUGAUAUAUUCAAAUCAGCAGCAGUAGCAGCAGCAACAACAACAACAACAACAGAAGAAUGUUGUGAUACUUGGAGCCAUCAUGAUUUAUCUACUACUGCAAAUCAGACUGAUCAUGCAAUAGCAGGUUUUAUAUUAAAACUUUACAAAUAUCUUCAAACUCAAGACGAUGAACAGAAAUAUGUACGAUGGAGUAACUUUAAUGGGGUUGAUAUGUUUAUUAUUGAUUGUAUAUCUAAAUUUACUGAGAUAGUUUUACCUAAAGUAUUUAAACAUUGUAAAUUUGCAUCCUUUGUUAGACAAUUAAAUAUAUAUGGAUUUCGACGAGAUUCAGAUGGUCGUAAAUCAAAAGAUAUGAAAGGGAAAGAUAGUUGUCGAUGGUAUCACUCCUAUUUUCGUCCUGAACGUCGAGAUUUACUUCACCUCAUACGCAGAAAGUCACCUCGUCAUUCACGUACUACUAAAAAAACCGUCGUCGUCGUUGAGAAAAGGACGGAUCGAAAAGAGCAAAACAGUCCAGAAUGGAUCGAUGGCUUAUCAGGUAACGAUAGCUUCCCCAUCACGACCUCCUCCUCCUCCCCCCAUUCACGUCAUUUUGAAGAAGACCAUGAUGGCAUAAAUGACGAAACGAGAGAACCUUCUUCAAAUAUCGCUCCAUCUUAUAGUAGCAGUAGUGUCAGUACUACGAAUAUGGAUUAUCAUGAUGAUCAUGACUUGGUUCAAUUCACUUUUCAAAAUUCAUUAAAGCUAAAAGAAGAAGAAUAUGAUGAUAAUCAAACUUUAUCUUCAUAUUUUAAAGAGAACGCCACUAAUUUCAGCAGGAAAACCCCAGUUUUUGAUCUACCAAUUAAUAAUAAUAAUAUCAUUUUUGUUCCUCCGCCUCCUACUAGUACUCCUGUUAUGGAAACGGAAUCAAAAUUUAAACACUUUUAUUCGUCAUUGAUUUCUCGCGAGCAAGAAGAGGAGAACAUUCCGAUUGACACAAAAAUUUGGCUUCAAAAAGAAUUUAUACAAUUACAGGAAACGUAUUCAAGUAUGUGUAAGACAUUAACAGGAGAAGUAACAAAGGCGUAUGAAAUUAUAGAGUCACAAAAGUUAAGGAUUGAAUAUUUAGAUAAUCUAUUGCUAUUUCUUCAGCAGCAGCAGCAGCAGCAGCAGCAGCAGCAGUCGCCGCAACUUAGUGUGUCAUCACAACAUAAUUCUACCUUUAUACAACAACAAGAACCCAUCUUUUACGAGAAUAAAUCGACGAAUUUUUUAAUGACAGAAUAUGAUGAUGAUAAUAAUAACAGAGCUUACAAUAUUUUUAUGCACAAUGAUAAUUUAAUGAUAAAUCAUCGAUAUUUUCCUCGAGAUCCCAACCAAGAACUAGCACAGAAUAAUCUUUUCUUUUUUUAAGAUUUGGAUCUAUAUUGUAUAAACAGCGUUUUUUAUAAACCGAAGAAUUAUUAUUAUUAUUAUUAUUUUUU